AUGGAGCAAGGCUCGAGCGACGACGACCUCGCUGCGGCCGGGGAGCACGGAGGCGGUCCAGCGGACUGUGGCUCCAGAGACGACUACGCGUCCACAGGCAACGGCAGCCAUGGCGGUGGUUCGACCGAUCACCGCACUGCGAGCGAUGAUCCGAUGGAGCAGGACUCGAGCAAGCACGGUGGGGAUUCUAUGGAGAUCGACCACGGAUCGGGAGAAGAACCUUCCGGCGAAAGCGAUCAAGCUUCCGAUGUCGGGGCCAAUGGCGGCAACAGACCAAUCCCGUCCUCCAGCUCGAACAACGACGAAUCCUUCGAAGAUAAUGGAGCACCGUCCGUGAACGGCUCAAGCAUCGCCGGCUCCGACGGCAAGAAUCGCCGGAAUCUCCGGGGCAAUGCUGCCGCUGCCGCGAAUUGCCACGGGCCUCCCCUGUCCUACGGCUCGAGCAAUGCAGAUUCUGCUGACGAGCCGCCCAAUCAAGCCUCUCCCGCCAGCAGCUUCGCCGCCAACGGCGACUCUGACCGCGAGCAUCCCCAGGCCCCUCCCGCCAACGGCGCUGCAGUCGCCAUCGACGAAGACGAUGAGGAUGUCAUGGUUGAUAUCACAGGUUCUUCCAGUCAAGGCGGAUCGUCGCAGUCCGGCAAAGACUCCUCCGAGACCAGCUCCUCCGGUGAUGGCACGAGCUCAUCAGGUACCAACGCCACCACCUCCUCCGACACGGUGAAGAUGGAGGACAUGAGUGCUCAAGCGCAGGUUUCGAGCUCUUCUGAUGCUGCAGACACUUCUACGUCAUCAGGUGCCAAGGCCGCCGCCGCCUCCGACUCCUCCUCCAUGGGAUCCUUUGUAGACCGCCUCGAGCUUGAGAUGGACAUGGAGGACAUGGAUGCUCAACCCCAGGUUCCUAGCUCAUCUGAUGCCGCAGACACUUCAACCUCAUCAGGUGCCAAGGCCGCCGACACCGCCUCCGACUCCUCCUCCAUGGGAUCCUUUGUAGACCGCCUCGAGCUUGAGAUGGACAUGGAGGACAUGGAUGCUCAGCCCCAGGUUCCUAGCCCAUCUGAUGCUACAGACACUUCAACCUCAUCAGGUGCCAAGGCUGACGCCACCUCCGACGAUGAAUCUAUGGAAUCGUUUGCAGAGUUCCUCGAGCGUGAGAUUCAGGCUCAAGCGCAGGCACCGAGCUCAACGCCUCCUCCGAAUCCUUGA